AUUGGCUCCGCUCUCAAAUUUUUGAUUUUCUGUCUGUCUGAACUGAGAGUUUCAACUCUCUCUCUCUCUCUCUCUCUCUUCGUUCCGCCAUGGAUGGGAGCAUCUUCAAACAUCUGUGAACUUGUCACCAACCGAACUCCGCCCUAGCACCUCAUCCCGACCUUGUCUUCUCUCCAUUUCUCCAAUUUAAUCCCAAUCUGGUGAAAACCCUAAUAUAAUUUCUUCCAUUAACCUCGAAAAUGGGUGCUAUGGUCCCCUUCCAGGACCUGAAUCUCCUCCCCGACCCACCCCUCUCCGCCUCCUCCACUGCAUUGCGUACACCUAAAAUUGAGCCCAAGGCCGAGCCCCUCGAUGUGGACCACCAUCUGCCCCCGGUUCAGACAACGACGCAGCCCCAGCUCCCCAAUUCACAUACCGCCCCGGAGCCCAUCUCCACCGAGAUGGGCGAGACCCACCUCUACUCGGAGUUCAAUCGUAUUUCCGAGCUCUUCCACGCCGCCUUCUCCAACCGCCUCAGCCGCCUCCGGCUCCCUGACUCCCCUGCGGCGGCCGCCGCCGCCGCUUCACCCGCCUCGCCUGCUGUGUCCGAAUCUGACUCCCGGGCCAUCGUACCUGUCCCUGAGAACAACAACCAGCUCUCAGCCCCGAGGUCAAACAAGAAGCUCGACAAGCGGUCCUCAGAGCUUGUUCGUGUCACUGGCCUCAGCUCCGAGGACGAGCGGUUCUUUCGUGAGGUGGUCCGUCGGACCCGCAUGGUCUACGAUGGGCUCCGCAUCCUCUCGACCUCCCAGCAGGACUCCCAUGCACCCCACCUCACUGGCCGGCGCCUCCGUGGUGACCUGGCCGCUGCCUCGGUGAUGCGGGCCCACGGGCUCUGGCUCAACCGUGACAAGCGCGUCGUGGGCCCAAUUCCUGGGGUUUACGUGGGCGACAUGUUUUUGUACCGAAUGGAGCUCUGUGUGGUUGGGCUCCACGGCCAGCCGCAAGCCGGGAUCGACUACUUGACCGCAAGCGAGAGCUCCAACGGAGAGCCCAUUGCCACAAGCAUAAUCGUCUCUGGCGGAUACGAGGACGAUGAGGACUCUGGUGAUGUCCUUGUCUAUUCUGGCCAUGGCGGACAGGACAAGUUCAGUAGACAGUGUGCCCAUCAAAAAUUAGAAGGUGGGAAUUUAGCGAUGGCGAAGAGUAUGCAUUAUGGGAUUGAAGUUCGAGUUAUUCGAGGCUUUCGCCAAGGUGCAUGUGCAUCGAAUAAAGUUUACGUCUAUGACGGGUUGUACCGAAUCAUUGACUAUUGGUUAGAUGUGGGCAAGUCAGGCUUCGGGGUUUACAAGUACAAACUCUCUAGAAUUGAGGGCCAACCUUUGAUGGGAAGCUCCAUAAUGAAGUUCGCUGAGACCCUCAAGAUUCGUCCUUUAGAGGUGAGACCGAGUGGCUACCUCAGCCUCGAUGUUUCUGUGAAGAGGGAGGCAGUGCCAAUUCCUGUUUUUAAUGACAUCGACUCGAAUAAUGAGCCCUUGUGCUUUGAGUACUUAUCUACGAGUGUCUUUCCCCCCUUUCUAGUUCACCAAAAUGGUGGGAUGGGCACUGGGUGUGAAUGCCUUUCAGGUUGUAGGGAGGGUUGCAUUUGCGCCGCGAAGAAUGGGGGGGAGUUCGCUUAUGAUCCGAAUGGGAUCCUCUUUAGGGGAAAACCGGUGGUUUUUGAGUGUGGGGUUUCCUGUAAGUGCCCUCCCUCUUGCAGAAAUCGUGUCACACAGAGGGGGCUACGGAUUCCACUGGAGAUAUUUCGAUCGAGGGAGGCAGGUUGGGCUGUGCGGUCAUUGGACUUGAUCCAAGCGGGCUCUUUCAUAUGCGAAUAUUCAGGGGUUGUUCUGACGAGAGAUCAGGCCCAGGUUUUUUCAAUGAAUGGGGAUUCAUUGGUCUAUCCUAAUAGGUUCGCGGGCAAAUGGGCCGAGUGGGGAGAUUUGUCUCGAAUAUUUCCCAACUAUGUGUGCCCUUCCUAUCCCUCCAUUCCUCCUCUUGAUUUCGCAAUGGAUGUCUCAAGAAUGAGAAAUGUUGCGUGCUAUAUAAGCCACAGCUCGACUCCAAAUGUAUUUGUGCAGUAUGUGCUUCAGGAUCACAACAACAUCUCGUUCCCACGACUGAUGUUGUUUGCUUUGGAGAAUAUCCCUCCCCUGAGGGAGCUCAGCCUCGAUUAUGGAGUGGCUGAUGAAUGGAGUGGGAAGCCUAUGAUCUGCAACUAAAUAUGAUUUGAGAGAUAAGCUUAUGAUCUGCAACUCUGACUUACAUUUUUGAUGUGAUACAAGUUAUUGAAGAGUCACCGCGAAGCACUUUCGACAAUUGAGAUGUUGAAGGCAUAUCAUCAGUGUUUCGGCAGGCGCUUGACCUGCUACCGGUGGUCAUUCUUGCCUUCAAGUCAAUUUUGGGAUGUGAAGCAGCGGUAUAUCAUCUCUACUUGCCUUAUUUCUUUUCCAGUAAGUUUGCAACACAGAUGCUUUUUAUCCAUUGCUCUGACAAAAACUUGUCUGAAAUUGGCUCGACUGAGCUUAGGAACCACAGCCAAAGUGUUGUGAUUUUGCUCGCUUGGGUGCUUAGGGCUUGUAGUGUGUUGCAAUACUGUAGGACUGUGUAGUAAGCUGUGUGUUGUUUGUACCCACAAUAUGUAUGCAUCUCUAUUUAAACUUUCAUGUACUAAUUAGAUUGUAUAUAGGGAGCCAUAAUAUCAUUAAUGCAAGUGUCUGAGCAUGCCGAUUUAGUCCAAA